AUGUACGCGUUCGACAAAACACCGGAAAAGUUGAUGCAGUUUGAUAAAAUCUUUCGCCCCCGUGGGGGAUUGUUGGAAAUAGAACGUGAACUUGAAAAUGUUAUCGAAGAUUUCCUGAAGGAGAAAUCGAGUGAUUCACAAAAGCGAACAGACCUCAAUAAGGAUGUGAGCUACGACAAAGACGUAGGGAUUAAACAAAUCAUUGACAAAAUGGCAGAGAAGAAGUCAAAACACCAACAAAGGCGCACAAAUCUGAAAGUUGAAAUGAAUGCUGAGGAUUUGAACAAGUUGAAAAGUGAGACUGUUUGUGAAAACAACAAAUGUCAUAAGGCACGGGGCGAUGGUUUUGAUCCAAUCCCAGAAACACACGAUGGACACAAAACUCAAAAGCUAAAGACCACAGGAGGAAGGAAAAGAUACAUCGACACUUCGGGGAAUGGACUAUGGCCUAAAGGAGUGGUCCCAUAUGACACAAAUUCAUUGAUGAGUUAUUUUCAGUCAAGCUCGAAUCCGUCCAUUACACAAAGUGGAAUACCCGGAUUCAUACUGGAUUCAGUCGAAUUAUUCAAGGAAAAGACCUGCCUAGAGUGGAGACCAAAAACAGAACAAGACGGUAGUGAAUAUGUUGAAAUCACUGGCGACAACACUAAAGGGUGCUAUGCGGGCGUGGGGAAGUACUCUGGUAUUCCUACCCCAAUACAUUUUAACUUAGAUGUAUCCGCUGGGUGUAACGCGAUGUUUGUUGUAUUACACGAAUUUCUGCAUGCUAUUGAUGGAACACAUGAGCAGCAACGACGGGACAGGAUGGAAGCUCUAACUAUUAAUUGGGACGCUCUUCAGGCUGAUGCCGCAGGAAACUAUAUUACAGAGCCAGAUGACGUUUUUACAUCCUCCUCCUCCGUUCCAUUCAGUUUGGCCUCUGUAUUAAUGUACUCUCGCUUUAUAUUUACGAAAACUAAUGGACAAGAAACCAUGAAUAUCAAAAACAAAGAUUUAGAAUUCCUGACGGAAGACACAAAGAAUGUCUUUUCAUUUUACGAUCUCGAAGCUAUCACAAACGUGUACCAAUGCGGAUCAGAUUGUACGAGUACAGUUUGUCAGAACGGAGGAUUUGCUACUAAAACUAUCAAUAAUCCAGUUUGUACUUGUGUGUGCCCGGAACAUCUCAGUGGUUCGACGUGUGAGGGACUAACUGGUAGUGGAACAUGCAGCGGAACUGUAAUUUUAGGGGAAAGUGGGAGCCAACUCAUUCAGUCUUUAAACUAUCCGAAUACUUACAGCAAAGGUCUAAAAUGCGUUUAUUUGAUCAAGGCGUCUGCCGGAUCCAGGAUAAAGUUUGAGCUGAACGAUAUGGAUAUCGCAGAAGAGAGCUCAACAUGCAUGGACACGCUGGAAAUCCGUUAUAAUCUUAUCGGUGAACCGGGCCCUGAGUUUUGCGGUACUACAACUGUGACUAAAACAAUGUUAAGUGGAGUCAACUCUGAAUCGCAUAUAGCUACUGUUAUCUGGGAUACGACUUCUGGGAAAUCAACCACUGCUGGCAACGGAUUCUCUCUCCGUGUAACAGCAUUCAAGUCAGGUUGCUUAAAUAGGCCAUGUAAGAAUGGUGGCACAUGCACCGAAGAUAUGAGUCAGGCCGGCGCCUUUGUCUGCGCAUGCCCAACAGGCAUUGGGGGCACCGAUUGUAGCUUAGCUACAGGAGCCGUUUCGUGUAAUGAGGGCACAGACAUUGAUAUUGAUGGACCGUGCUUUUUGAAAAAUCAAGGAGGGACUUCGAUGCAAUUUGGAGAAACCAUCUUAUCAGGAAAGUCUACCGACCCACCGAAACCGGCAGAUGGCCUUACUUUCUACCAAGUACAACCGACUGGCAGUUAUCUGACUACCGAUGCUGCUACAUUAGUGUCUGACGUUACGUUUCCAGAUGAUGUUGCACUGUGUGUGCGGUUCAAAACUAUUGUUAAUAAUGACCAAAACUCGGCCACACAACUAUCCCUCCAGGUCAGCGAUGAUGCCAAUUCCAGUCCCCGAGACAUUCUGACUAUCACAAACACUGGGCUAAACGCAUGGGUAUCGAAAGAACAUGAGAUAACAGCAUCUUCUUCAAGUACAAAUCGAAAGGUGUAUUUUAGAGGUGUGUACGGAGCUGGCUUUGGAUUAUAUCUUGACGACAUUUCUGUCUUUCCAGGCAAAUGUGAUUUGUGUUCUCCAAACCCAUGUCAAAAUGGAGGAACCUGUUCACAGACAGGAAACAGUAUGAGUUGUGCCUGCAAAACCGGGUUCAAAGGAGAAACAUGCGAAGCGAUCGUUGAGUGCCUCACAGACACAUGUAGUAAUGGUGGCACGUGCACCAACACAAAUGGCGUACUGUCCUGUAACUGUGUGACCGGUUUCACUGGGAAAACAUGCGAAAUCGAGGAUCUCUGUGCACCUGUUAACCCCUGCAGUAAUGGUGGUACGUGUUCAAUGAAUGGUGAUACAUUCACGUGUAAAUGCGCGGCUGGAUUUUGGGGAACAACAUGCAAUGCACAAGAUGUAUGUUCAUCGUCCAGCACAUGUCAAAAUGGAGCUACAUGCAUACAAACUGGAAAUACUAAUUUUUAUUGUAAUUGCCCUGCUGGGUUUUAUGGGACUUCAUGCCACCAAACAGAUGUUUGUACAACAAAUCCUUGCCAGAAUAGUGGCAGCUGCCAAAGUGUUGGCCAAUCCGAUUUUUAUUGUGUUUGUGCCACUAACUUCAUCGGUGAUUCAUGUUCAGACAGUGGUACCGGGUGUUCAUUUGAGACUGGACAAACCUGUCCGUUCGAAGCAAAGAGUUAUGGACAGUUUAACUGGGUUGUAAGCUCGUCAGCGACAGGACUUUCGAAACCCCAACAUGGACAAAACUACAUGGUCAUAAGUAAUAACGGACGACAGGUCAAUGACCAAGCUUGGCUUUACGCUUCUUCCGGUCUGCCUGCUGAAGAGUAUUGUCUGACAUUUUACUAUGUGAUGUCGGGAGCACCUGGGAAUUUUGGAGUGUACUCUACGACAUCUUCCGGUUACACACUCUAUUCAAGAUGGAUUAGAUCAGGAGAAUCGUUCACCGAGUACAAACUAGCUAAAACAGAUGUACCAACUGGACAUACACAGAUUGCAUUUUUAACGUCGUUAUCAGUUGUUGACACAAAUGCAUAUGUUGCCAUUGACAACAUUCGUGCCUAUUCGGGUGCUUGUGAUAAUUGUAAACCAAACCCAUGUGAGAAUGGGGGGACGUGUGGAGAGACGAAUGGGGCAGCGACAUGUAGCUGUGUCAGCGGUUACACCGGUGCGACAUGCUCAGACGUGACUUACAUCUGUAUCAACAAUCCCUGUCAGAACGGAGGAACAUGCUCUGGGACAGCGGAUUCCUUUACCUGUUCUUGUGCCGCUGGAUUUGAAGGAUUGACUUGUGAAACCAGUUUAACAGGUCCAUGUGCUACAUCACCAUGUAAAAACGGAGGAGUUUGCAGCUCAUCAGGUUCAACAUACAGCUGUACCUGUACGGGUGGAUAUACAGGAGCUACAUGUGAAACAAUAAAUGCAUGCGCAACUAAUCCGUGCCAGAACAGUGGAACAUGUACAGCCUCCGGGUCAUCAUACACAUGUCAAUGUGCUACCGGCUUUAGUGGAAACAACUGUGACGUAGCAAGUCCAUGCGCAACCAAUCCGUGCCAGAAUGGUGGAACAUGUACAGCUUCCGGGUCAUCCUACACAUGCCAAUGUACUACCGGUUUUAUUGGAAACAGCUGUGACGUUACAAGCCCAUGCGCAACCAAUCCGUGUCAGAAUAGUGGAACAUGUACAGCUUCCGGGUCAUCUUACACAUGUCAAUGUGCUACCGGAUUUAGUGGAAACAACUGUGAUAUAAAUAAAGCCGCCGACAUCAUGACCUGUUCGUUUGAAGUCGGAGAAUCGAACUGUGGACUAACACAAGGAACCAAUAACAUAGAUGAUUACUUCGAUUGGACCGUCAAUUCUGGCUCAACCCCAACUUCUGGUACAGGUCCAAGCGGUGCAUUUGAUGGUAAUAGGUAUAUGUUUAUAGAGGUCAAUGGCAAGGAGAGUAACACCUAUGCAAUUCUGAAAGGAGAAAACUUACCAGCUCAGGACAAAUGUAUGAUGUUUAAUUAUCAUAUGAAAAGGAAUACAUACGCUCUCCAAGUGUACGGCUAUUCCCCCGGCCCCUUUACAAACCUGUGGGAACAGUAUGGAAGUCAUGGCGAUGAUUGGAAAAGUGCUUCUAUCACUGUCUCAUCCAGUUCGACAUCGAUUUACAUUGCGGGUUGGAAGGGAUCAUCGAACAAGGGCGACAUUGCUAUUGACAACAUACGUAUAAAAAGUGGAGCCUGUUGGAGACACCAACAACCAGGGUUCUGUGAUGACGGAUGUUUAGGGAGACAUCAACAGCUAGGGCCAUGUGAUGAUGGGUGUUUAGGGCGACACAAACAGCCAGGGUUCUAUGAUGAUGGAUGUUUAGGGAGACACCAACAGCCAGGGUCAUGUGAUGACGGGUGUUUAGGGCGACACCAACACCCAGGUUUCUAUGGUUACGGAUAUUUAGGGAGACACCAACACCCAGAAUCAUAUGAUGACGGGUGUUUAGGGAGACACUACAAGCCAGGAUCAUGUGAUGAUUGGUGUUUAGGGCGACACCCCUAA